CCGGAACGAAACCGAAACUCACACUGUCACUGCAGAUCCGCCCUCAGGCCGCCUCGUCCUGCCUGAGAGCCGCUGAUAAACUGUUGUUUACAGUCUUUCUAAAGGACCACAGGCACUGAGUGUGGACGCGGAACUGAAAGUGACGUCUUCGACGAAGAAGCCGUUAGAAGACGAAGGAGAGACCAGCAGCUGUUGGAGAAAAUGGCUUCUACAAGCGCACUGAUAGAGGAUGAUCUCAUAUGCUGUGUGUGCUGUGACAUCUUCAGGGAUCCUGUUGUUCUGUCAUGCAGCCACAGCGUGUGUAGAACCUGCGUAAAGAAGUUCUGGAAAUCUAAAGGAUCUCGAGAAUGUCCAGUUUGUAGGAAAAGAUUCUCCAAAGCGAACCCUCCCCGUAACCUCGCCCUGAAGAACGUGUGUGAGGCUUUUCUAGAGAGCCAGAACCAGAACCAGAACCAGACAGCCUCAAUUUCAGCUUCAGCUUCAGCAGAGACUGAGGUGCUCUGCAGUCUGCACAAUGAGAAACUCAAACUCUUCUGUCUGGAUGAUCAGCAGGCUGUGUGUGUGGUGUGUCACCUGUCAAACACUCAUAAAAAUCACCGCUGCUGUCCAGUUGAUGAAGCUGUGUAUGACUCUAAGAAUAAACUCAAGUCUGCUUUGGUGCCUCUACAGAAGAAUCUGAAGGUCUUAAUAGAAACUAAACAAGACUAUGACCAAACAGCAGCUCACAUUAAGACGGAGGCCCAGCACACAGAGAGGCAGAUAAAGAAGGAGUUUGAGAAGCUUCACCAGUUUCUAAGAGAUGAAGAAGCAGCAAGGAUAGCUGCACUGAAGGAGGAAGAGGAGCAGAAGAGUCAGAUGAUGAAGAGAUGGAUUAGGGAGAUUAAUGGAGAAAUAUCAGCUCUUUCUGAUAAAAUCAGAAACCUAGAGAAGGAAAUGGAAGCUGAGGACAUUCCGUUCUUACAGAAUUUCAUGUACACAGAAAAACAAGCUCAUUUCACACCAAAGGAUCCAGAGGAGACAUCAGGAGCUCUGAUCAAUGUUGCUAAACAUGUUUCCAACCUGAAGUUCAGAGUGUGGGAGAACAUGCAGGAGAUUCUCCAGUACACCCCUGUUACUCUGAACCCCAACACUGCACAUCCAGCCCUCUACAUGUCUGAAGAUCUCACUACUGUGGAAUUUAGAAAAAAGAAACCAUCACUUCCUGAUAAUCCAGAGAGAUUUGAUACUUUCGUGUGUGUUCUGGGUUCUGAGGGGUUCAACUCGGGGACACACUGCUGGGACGUCCAGGUUGGAGACAGUGAAAACUGGGAACUGGGUGUGGUCAGAGACUCUGCACCGAGAAAAGGAUUUUCUUUCCUGGGUUUGAUGUUUAGUCUGUACUACCAUCAAAGCAGUGAUACAUAUUUGGUACACUGCCCUGGACAGCCGGAUCACAUCCUCACACCUACAGAGAAGCUGCAGAGGGUCAGAGUGCAGCUGGACUGGGACAGGGGGAAAGUGACCUUCACUGAUCUUCUAACCAACACACACCUGCACACUAUAACACACACGUUUACUCAGAGAGUUUUACCAUUUUUCAAUAAUAUGAGUUUACUGUGUCCCCUGAGGAUCUUACCCAUGAAAGUAUCAGUAAAAGCAGAAUAGGGUUAAUCUGUGUAUUGCUUAGCAUAACCUUCAUAAUGAUGUAGAACGUACGGAUAACAAGGAUGGAAAUGUUUUUGAACACAUUAGCUCACAAUACAAGCAUGCUUUAUGAAAACUGCGGAUCAUCGGAGUACAAUUUAUAGAGAUUCCAGAAAAUGACAUACUUUCCCAAACUAAACUGUCUUCUGUUUAUUUAUGUGUUAUCUUGUACAUAUGAGAGAUUAUUGUUCUAAAAAGUGUACAGAGAAACCAUAUCUACAACACCAGUACAGUGGCCAGUACAGUGGACUAUGUAAAGUUAAUGAGACACAGUAUUAAAUAUAUGUAUAUAUACCCAAAUUAUACACUUGAGCUGUCCACAGUUUAUGCAUUUAUGAGAAACUGUGCCACCGUGUAGCAUAAAUUGGCAUAAUGUAUAAAACCAGAAAUCAGCUCAACCUAAAGUCAAGGUAACUGAUUGCAUUUAUUUACUUGGGUUAACUCAACUUGAGGACACCAGAAUUCACCCAUCUCACACUUCUUAGCCAAAAGUUCUUCUAACUAUUAUAUCUAGUUUAUAGGCUUAGUAUAGAAUUUGUUUUAUUGUAUUAUUAUAAUUAUUAUUAUUAUUAUUAUCAUGCAUUUACAUUCCACAUAUUUUUUUUUCUCCUCUAAAAGUAAUAAAAUGGAACAUAAAGUUUAUCCCAAAUACAUGAAUCAAGGAAAUCAGGGUUGAAAUCGAUACAAUAGCAUCAUUAAGUAGCAAGAAUCUCCUAGUAUAUGCAGUGUUAUGUACAUUUGUACAAAAACCCUUGGCUACCCUUGCCAAAUAACAUGUUUUGUGGAUCUAUUAAGAUAAGUAAACACAGUCUCUGCAGGAUUGUUAUUUAUUUAUUUAUUUGUUUGCAAAUGUUAUUUCAUAAUUGAAUAGCAGAAAUACAUAAACUGGUAUUUCUGGAAGUAUUCAUAAGACACCCCCCAUAUUUAACAGUUGACAAGGUGUAAUUUUCUUUUUGGUGCUAUAUAGAACCCUUUUCAAAAAGCUUAUAUAUAGAACCAUCUACAGCACAUUUUCCAUCAGUCUGCGGAACCCUUUCACGAUGCAAAGAACUCUUUAAUGCGAAAAGUUCUUUGAACGUUCAUGGUUCUGUAUAGAACCAUUUUCAUUUCUAAAGAAUCCCUGAAAAACCAUCAUUUUUAAGUGUGUAUUUUAUAUUUUUUGAGUAAAUCAAAUAUAAAAUAACAUAUUGUGGCGCUUUACCACUGGCUGUGCUUCCCUUAAACAGUGACUGUUAUUGCUGUUGUUGGAUUUAUUUGUAGUGUGAGUUGUGUUAUGUGUUACUUGUGUCAUUCAGUGUUGAAGUGUGGGUUUGGUUGUGUGAGUUAGUGCUUUAACUGUGAAGUGGGAGUGUAUGGGUGGUGGGUGGUGACCUCCCUGCUAUUUCUGUGUCUAUGAUGUGGCAUUUCCGCCUUGUCCUGAAUAAAAAUGAGCAUUCUCGAUCAGAAAUUCUGUUCUAACCUGACACUUUGACUGAUCAACACCACAAUAGUUCCCUUCAGUGGUUGUGUUUACUUCUUUUUACUUCAAAAAUCAACAAAGUAGAUUUUGGCCAGUGUGGCUAAAAUUUUGCAUACAAUUUUAGGUGAUAAAAUUCCUUGAAGCCCUUUCAAUAGAAAUAUAAUUUUAUUAUGUUUUGAACAAGAAGAGCAUACAAAGUUCAAGAAACACUAUGUACAUGUAAAUGGCAAUGCCUGAGUCUUAACAAGCAAAUCAAAAGCCAAUUAACAGCAAUGACCCCUUAACACUUGCACAUAACGGUUUUACAGUGGAGAUGUUUUAGACUUUUUAGUCAGAUUGUUUUAUGGUCAGUUCAGCAGUUCAGAUCUUCAGAAUGUCUCCUUUAUGUAUUUAAAUCAUCUCCACAGAGUGACUGUGACCCAUCUGCCCCAAAAACACUUGUGUAAUCAUGCAGGUGUUGAUAGCAGAGCUCCAUUCA